UUUCCUCCUCUCUCAUUAUUUUCCUUUUUUUCAUCAAACAUUUUUCACCCGCUGCUCCUUUUUUUUACUUUCAUUUCCUGUUUUUUUCUCUCUCCUUUUCUUCAAACAUCUCCUCCUCCUCCUCCUCUCUCCUCCUCCUAAUCACCCCCCCCACACACACACACACACACACACCAGCAGAUGAUCAGCGAACAGCAGCAUCGUCACUCUGCUUGCUGAGGACUCACAUGACGGUGAGGAUUUCUCUUUUUCUUUCUUUGCUGCUCUCCUCGCUCCUCCAGCUGCUCUUUUAUUUUUCCGUCCUUUUGUUCCCUCAUCUUUUCUACUUUUGCAUCUUUUCCCCGCCGUGCAGCAGUCUGAGGGUACGCUGCAUCUCAAACAGGCUUUCUAACUCCAGCUGCCUUCUCCUUCGCUGAAAUUCAGUUUGCGUUCGGACUCGUUUGGAGACGGUUCGGCCGAGCUCGCAGCUCCGUGGAUCUGGACUGUGCUCAUGAGUGGAUAUUUGAGCAGAUCUAACUGGUUCUGCUCCUCACUGAAGUCAAGCAGAUCCCUCUGAGGCUGGAGUUAGAGCGGUGUAAGGAGGACGGAUUCUGUGGUUCUGUGAAGGUGGGACUGUUUUACCUGCAUGUCUGUGUGUUUUUCAUCCACAGGACACUAAAGUGACUCUGUCCACUUUUCUGUCUCCUUGUUUUUGCACUUUUUCCGUAUUUUUAUCGCCGUCUUUCACAAACACUCUGCGGUCGUGAGCAGUGAGCGCUCUGGACGGGGAGAUGAAGACGUCCGUGGUGUGACAGGAUGGACUUACUGGAUGUCCUCACCCCAGUGUUGGCCACCAUGCCGGCCACUCCACCUCCAAACUCCUCUCUGGAGAACCAGACGUCCUCUUCCUCGCCCAGGUCUCCUCCUCUUCCUCACUCUCAGGUGGCGUCCGUGUUUAUCGUGCUGGUCGUCACGGUGAUCAUCCUAGGGACGGUGGUGGGAAACGUCCUGGUGGUGGUGGCGGUGUUCACCAGCCGAGCCCUCAGGGCCCCUCAAAACCUCUUCCUGGUGUCUUUAGCCUCGGCCGACAUCCUGGUGGCCACACUGGUCAUCCCAUUUUCAUUAGCCAAUGAGGUGAGAGAACCAUGACCACAGACCAUAUCCUGUUUCUGAUCAUUUACAACAUCAGCAGCUCCAGUCCACAUAUCAUCUAUAACCUGAUACCGUAUCCAAUCAGAGAUGCUGAUUCAGACACAAACCUGCUGAAAGGAUGUUUCCGUGUUUCUGAAGGGACUUAAAUGUCAGUAGGCGUGUUUUAGCUCUGAUGGAUGUCAGUCAGCUCCGCCCCUUUAUUCAGAAACCAGAGAGAACCUGCACACAUCCGAGGCUAUAGUUUUCUGCAGACGGGUUUGACUCCGCCUCCAAAUUAGCCGGAUUUCAGUCUAAACACGGCUGAGGAACCUUUGAGCACGCUCUGCAGCAGACGGCGCCAUCAUCAAGUCACUGAGGCGUUACGAAGUUUGAGAUUCGUUCAUCUCAGUUUUUCAUCAACCGGAGCCGCAAUCAGCUUUUGGACACAGUCAGUCCGUUUCCAUGACACUCGAGAAAACCGAAUUAUCGCCUUAUUCCGAUAAUAACCGGGCAACUGAAGGUCAUGUAAACACCUUAGUCCGACUAUAAUCAGAGUUUGAGAGCGCCGAUUAAUUCACCCAGAUAACGUGAUUGGAAUUUGAUUUUUUUCUCUACCAUGUAACCAGCGUAGUCGGAGUAUGAUGCCACGCCCCCGUAACCCCGUAACAAACCCCCAGAGUAGAGGAGUAGCGUUGGUCUCCUCUUUAGAAAAAGUAGCGCGUCCAUCAUGUCGGACAAAAACAACGCUGUACGAUGCUCCAUCUUCUUGUUUCUCCAAAAUGUCCAGCAGCAGUUGUAGACACUUCUGACGUCUGACACCGACCUGCUGUUGUUGUUGACGGUUGGAUGGGGUCGGAAACAGUGCCCCCUAGUGUUGGGGAGGAGGACACGUUCACGUCAAUAAUUCAGUUUUCUCAGCUGCAUGUAAACGAGGACGAGGAGAGAAGUCUGAUUCAGAGAAAAAGACGAACUAUGAGUUUAGUCGAUUAAACUGAGACUGUAAACGACCCGUGUGACGUGUGUGCAGAGUCGGUUAUUCCGCCUUCAGCUGCUGACUCCGAGUAUCCUGACCAGAUCAGGUGAGCAGAUCUUUUGAUCAGGGGUUUGUCAUGAUGCAGUAAAAACAGCUGACCUCUGACCUCUGACUGAACUGGUUCAGCUUUCAGGGCAGCAGUGGACUGGUGAUGGUCUGCUGCUGGAUUUGGAUUCGCAAAGAUCCAGAAGUUCUGCUGGUACCAAGUCUGGGAUCUCUCCUGCUGUCCAGUUCGCUCAGAAGUACGAGUGUUUGGGUCGGUGUCUCUAAACUCGCUGGUGGAGUAAAUUGUCGCCUAGCUUGCGUGCUGGUUCUCCUGGUCGUUUCUUAAAGGGGAGGAGCUAACGAACCUAAAACACGCUCCAACAACCUUAUUCUAACAUGGCUGAGGUUUCCUUUUUAAUGACUCUCUCUCUCUCUCUCUCUCUCUCUCUCUCUCUCUCUCUCUCUCUCUCUCUUUCUCUCUCUCUCUCUCUCUCUCUCUCUCUUUUUUGAGGUGGUGGUCUCAACAAACGCAGUAGUGGCCCACUCGAUCCAAUCAGAAUUUCCCCUCUGUUGAGUGUUGUCACUAGAUGGCGGCCUUGCUCACUUAUUUUAUUGUUCUGUCAAAGGUUACGCUGUACUGACCUCGAGAAAUAAACCAAAGGCUAAAGAGUGAAGACUGAGUCAGGUUAGAGCAGGCAUCUCCAAGCUGCUCCACAAAGGGCCGGUGUGACUGCAGGUUUUUCUUCCAACCAAUCAAGAGCAAGCAGUCUGACCAAUCAGCUGUCUGCAGACUGAGAUCAGCUGAUGAAAUGAAUCAGGUCUGGUGUGCUGCUGCUUGUUGGAAGAAGAACCUGCAGCCACACCGGCCCUUUGAGGAACAGUUUGGAGAUGCCUGGGUUUGGAGAUGUAAGUGUUUACACGGACCAAGUUUCAGAAUAACGAUCGGUUUUAACCACCCCACUCGAUCAGAAUACGAUUUCUUUCCGAUUGAGCUCAACUGGAUCAGAGUUUUCCGAUUGACAUGUUUACAUGAUGCUUUUUUAUUCCGAUUACUUGUGCCGUGUAAACGCGGCUGCAGACAGAACUCACAAGAACCUUCAGAUUCACGUCCAAUCUCACGAUAACGAGUCGUCUCUCUAAAGACAGACACAUAGACAUAUAAGCAGUAGAUUGUGUCCUUCCAGAGGAGGAAAUCUACUUCUAGACUUCUAGAAUCAGCAUCUCCUCAUCCAUGGUGUCAUCGGGGUGAAAUGACGUCUAAAAACCUUUCACUUGUUCGUCUCCGCCCGUUUGCAUGGUGUGAAAUACGAUCCUCCUGAAACACGGAGUGUUUUAUUUUGAAAAGAAGCCGGAUGUUUUAUUUUGUGUCUGUGCCCGACUUCCUUUCCAGCACGGGUUAAUCUGUGCUGAAUUUAUCCGCCAUGCUCCGGCGUCCAGAAAAAAUAGAACUCUUGUGAUCAGCUGAGGAGUCCGGCGAUCCUCAGAGGAACGGAAAGAAGUCGGUGUAAAUUGACUCUGGAGCGUCACUGAUGUGUUUUCUCCUCCUCCUCCUUCAGGUGAUGGGUUACUGGUACUUUGGCUCCACCUGGUGCUCCUUCUACCUGGCUCUGGAUGUCCUCUUCUGCACCUCCUCCAUCGUCCACCUCUGCGCCAUCAGCCUCGACCGGUACUGGUCCGUCACCAAAGCCGUCAGCUACAACCGCAAACGGACGCCCCGACGGAUCAAAGCCAUGAUCAGCAUCGUGUGGCUCAUCUCUGUGGUCAUCUCGUCCCCGCCGCUUCUCAUGACGCAGCAGGAGGACAGUCUGCAGGUGGAGGAGGGCGGGGACUCCAAGAGGCAGGAGUGUCUCCUCAUGAACCAGACCUGGUACAUCCUCUCCUCCUGCCUCGUCUCCUUCUUCGCACCAGGGGUCAUCAUGAUCCUUGUUUACUGUAAGAUCUACCGUGUGGCCAAGCAGAGGGCGAGCACAGUGUUCGUGGCGAAGAACGUGAUGGAGCGCCAGCCGUCACAGUCUGAGACCUGCUUUGUGGGCGCCUCCAGGACCUGCCACAGGAAGGGCGCCACCUGCGACAGAUCCCCGUACAAGCUGGGAAGCCCGCGGCCCGCAGACGGACUCAGCUCCUCCAACGUGGAGAGCAGCAGCAGCCGGCGAGGAGAGCUGGAUGAGAUCCACUUAGAGGAAAAGAGCCGUGAUGUGAAGACCUCCUCCUUCUCCUCCGCCCUGCGCUUCACCAGGAGAGCUGCAGUUGGAGGAGGAGGCGACGCUAAAUCAGAGGAGAGGAAGGAGGCAGAGGGAGCUGCAAACAGACUGAAGCCUCCUCCUCCUCCUCCUCCUCCUCCUCUUCCUCCUCCAUCCUGUGCCUCCAUCUCCUGGGCCUCCUCAGACCACUGCUCCCACCACCUCCUCCUGCCAUCCCCUGUGCCACUGCGCAGCAGGCAGAUGUCACUGUCCCGCCAGAAGGUGGCGCAGAUGAGGGAGAAACGCUUCACCUUCGUGCUGGCGGUAGUGAUGGGCGUGUUUGUCCUGUGCUGGUUCCCGUUCUUCUUCACCUACAGUCUGCACGCCGUCUGCAGGGAGAACUGCGUCAUCCCGGACUCGCUCUUCAACCUCUUCUUCUGGAUCGGGUACUGCAACAGCUGCCUGAACCCCAUCAUCUACACCAUCUUCAACCGCGACUUCAGGAGGGCCUUCAAGAAGAUCCUGUUUGAGCCGCACAAAGCCUCAUGAGACCUGAGAGCAUGAGUGUGUGUGUGUGUGUGUGUGUGUGUGUGUGUGUGUGUGUGUGUGUGUGAGUGUGUGUGUGUGUGUGUGUGUGUGUGUGUGUGUGUGUGUGUGAAUCCUGUUUUCCACUGUGCUGUCACAGCGACAUUAAAGGGCUUGUCAUACAGUC